AUGAAAGAAGCAAAAGAAUCGCAAGAUAUGUCGCUGUUUCGUCGGGCACUUCUGACGCAAUGUCAGAUUACGUUCGAAGAAAAGAAAUACACAAAUGCAAUAAAUGCAAAAAAGAAGGAAGUGGAUAUGGAGAAAGAUGUAAGUUACACCCGGCCCGCUGUGCGUUUUUCACAUACUUUACAUAGCAAAAAGCAUAUUGUCGAGAGGUUCUCUGUGAUUGUAUGUGUGUGUCUGUCUGUGUGUGCGUCUGUAUCGAUUUUUCAUUUCGAAACCUACAAAAGCUAG